AUGGCUGCCGGGUCGCGGCGCCCCGUCGCGGUCCUGGAGACACCGUCCUGCAGCGAGUCCUGUGACACACCUUGCUCUCCCACUUCCUCCAUGGAGUGGGACACUCAGGUGGUGAAAGGCUCCUCUCCUCUCGGGUCCCCCCGCUCCGGGGUGGCGGCAUCACCUGUCGACCUGCGGCUGCCGGCGUGGUUGGAGCCGGAGAGAUGUGCGGUGUUCCAUUGCGCGGGUUGCCACGCGGUGCUCGCCGACACCGUGCACCUCGCCUGGGACCUGUCGAGGUCCCUAGGGGCUGUGGCCUUCUCCAGAGUCACAAACAAUGUCGUUCUGUUAGAGCCCUUUCUGGUUGGCAUUGAAGGUUUUCUCAAAUGCAGCACAUACAACCUCUUAUUCUGUAAUUCCUGUGGGACAUCUGUUGGUUUCCACCUAUAUUCCACCCACGCUGCUCUGGCUGCCUUGAGAGGCUACUUCUGUCUCUCCUGUGAUAAAAUGGUGUGCUAUCUUUUAAAAACAAAGACCAUAGUAAAUGCAUCUGAAAUGGAUAUUCAUUAUGUACCUCUACCAGAAAAGAUUGCAGAGCUGAAAGAGAAGAUAAUGCUAAUGCAUACUCGGUUAAAUUCAUUGAUGAAGACUCUGAAGGAAAUGACCCCUGAUCAGUCUAACCACAAAAACUGAAGACACAAGGAGUAAAAACAGUAGCCAAGCCUUUGUUGAGGAUUAUUUGAAUUAAUACUGGAACAACUGGUUAACCCCAUGAAAGAAAAAAUAAAUUGAAUGCUGUCCUAUGAAAAUCAAUCCAGGCAGUGUAAAGAUCUGCAUGUUGAAUGUGAAGAUAGAACCCUGAAGAAAAGCUUCAUUAUCUCACAGUAGAAGAAAGUUUCUUAAGCAUUGCUCCUUUGAAGACAACAGAACUUUAAAAUAUAGAAUUGCAACUAAAGCAACAUAGAGUGAAAACCUGAGCCAAAGCAGAAAAUGUCACAUAUAAACAACAAAAAUGCAAAAUACAGAAACUAUAGACCAACUGCUAUACAUCAGGACAAGUAACCCACUUACAAAAUGGCAGAAUAUUUGUGCAAGCAUUUUAGAGAAGACACUGGGCUGAGGAAUAUGACUCAGGUAGAAUACUUGCAUUGCAUGCACACAAAAGCUCCCACACUACAGGAAAAGGCUAAGCUUUGAGAAGUGUUACCCAACUUCACUACUAACAACCAAAAAAUAAACACCAAAUUGGUAAAUUUUAAAACAUACCAUGUAAAGACAAGGAAGAACCUCUGUAAACUAGUACAAGUAACACCAUGGUAUACAACUAGAGGCCAUCUAGCAUUGCUUAUAGAAACUAAGGACAUACAAUGACUACUGCAGAUCAGCAACUUAACCUCUAGGCACCUGUAUCAAAAACAUGCAGCAGGCUUUCGACAACGUGAACACAGCAGGCUCACAGUCGCAUUGUUUGUGAUGGAUAACCCCGUCAUGUUUCUGUAAUAGUGUGACUAUGACAGGAGGAACCCCACGUUUGUGAUGUGGCCAGGCAUGGCAGAGCUCUCACUAGUGCAGACUAUUGUAGUCCUUGUUAUUGGUGUUCCUUCUGCGGGUUUUUGUUAAACUAAAUGUUUCAUGCCAUUUUCAUAUCUAACUUGAAAGAAAAUAAACCAUUAAGCAUUCAAGUAAAAGGUGUAAUGUAGUAAAUAAGUGCUCAGUGAAAUCUAGCCGUUGCCAUGGAUGCGGUGGCCUUUAUCUGUAAUACUAACACAUCUGAGGCUGAGACACAAGGCAAGCCUGACUAGAGUGACAUCUGUCUCCUACUCUCUAAAGGAGCCUUAGGUCUCAUGGUUGACUCUGUAACACCUGUAUACAUGUUCCCAACUGUCAGAGAAGGACUAGGGCUCGAGGGCCUUUUAUUCCCUGAGGAUAUAUAUAUAAUUUAUGGGGGCAAGAAAGACAUUUUCUUUGGUGGUGUAGACACUGGUAAAGUGCCCACGCUCCCGUAACUAAUGAAGCUCACAAAAAACAUGAACGCAGAAGAGGAGCUAUGGGCAAAAGGUAACUGGG